ACGACGGAAUGGUGUCGUGACGAAGCGUAUGCAAUACAACGCAGUCGUUGGAGAGCAUCGGAAAGCGUAGUUUAUCCUGGUAUUUUCACACAGCGAAAGAGAACACGUCCUGUCGUCUAUGUGUGAUUAUCGCGCGUUAUCGCCGCACUCGCCAUAUAGGUUAUAGUAACGUGUGCGUAAGAUCGGGGUAAUAACCUGAAAGCCAGAGAGAAAGAGAGGGAGAGAGAGAGAAAGCGAAGAAAGGAGCGAGAGGGAGAGUGUGUACGGUUAAUAUAUCGAUCUUUUGUUAUGUAUUUCCACGCGGAACAUUUGCGCGAGUGAUAAGAGCGACCGAAGAAAGGAGAGAGAAAGAUAGAACGAGAGAAGAGUGGCAGAGGAGAACAAAGAAAGAAAAAGAGUGAGAGAUAAUCAUCGCCGCACGUCCGUUAUUAAUUAUGACGACCCUAGAAUCGCAGUCAGAUGAGAGUCAUCUCGAUAAGCUGCUGCACGUGGAAUGGGAUGGUACGGCCUCCGGAUCGUCUGGGUGUACGUUUUCCGAAGGACUGAGCCCGCUGAGGUGUCAAAUGGCCGGACAUCCCUUCAAUGGCGAAAAGCACACAAUCGGCAUGUUGGUCUGCAAACGAACUAGACAUGUACUGAAACCGGCGACUAAAGCGAUCAUUGGGGAAAGAGAAAUUGCGUUCUACGAGAACUUGACGAAGUCUCGAGAUCCCACGAUAGCGCAACUAAAACAGUUCGUUCCACAUUAUUAUGGCACGACAGAACUACGAGUCUUUAACAAACGUACGAAGUUUCUCACGCUUAAGGAUAUCACGGAGGGCAUGGCCGAGCCAUGUGUGAUGGAUAUCAAGAUCGGCCGCCGCACGUGGGAUCCUUUAGCCACACCAGAGAAGAGGGCAACGGAAGAAUUCAAGUAUGCCGAAUCGAAGCGUGCUUAUGGUUUUUGUAUAACCGGUUUUCAAGUAUAUUGUCUCUCCACUGGACGAUUAAAAAAAUUUGACAGAGAUUAUGGCAAGAAACUCGAUGCCAUGGGCGUCGUAGAAGCGAUGAAAACUUUCUUGAAUAUAACACCUGAGAGACCGGCCAGUCAACGGUUGAUCGUGGAGCUGCUGUCAGUCCUGGGAAGGAUCAUCUUGUUCUUCCGCAUGCAGCGGAAGUACCGCUUCUACUCCAGCUCGCUUCUGGUCGCCUACGAUGCUCAACCAUUGCGGCAGCAAUGUCGUUUGAACAAUGAAAAUUCCAGCGACCCGAUGGAAUCUUCUAGAACUGGAUCUGCCUCUUCCCCGUCGGCGAGUUUGGAGGAGUCGAACGCGGAUAUUAGCGAGGAGCAGAACUCGGAGGCUACCCUAGAGGCGCAUAGACCGAUGCUCAAAAGGAGCGUAAGUCUCAACAAAGGACUCGUGUCGAUAGCGCACGAGGAGGUGUCGGAUCAGAGCGGGUCUUCCAAUCCGCCACAGGUGGAGCAAAUUUGUCGAUCCUGUCCGAGUCAGUUUUCGCUUGCGCACGCAGACGCGAACAACGUCAACGACGCGAUGACGAAUAAUCGCGAUGCUCCGACGGAUGAAAAGGACGACAACUGCAGCUGGGUACGAGUGAAUAUGAUCGAUUUCACACACGUUUUCCCAGCGGAAGAUGAUACCGGUUUGGAUUUGAAUUAUCUGGAAGGCAUCGAGAAUCUGAUCAAGCUCCUCAAAACGUUCCUCAAGCGCGCUCGCGAGCGCGACUCCGAGUAAGGAGAGCCUCGCGCACAACCGUCGCGCAAUUCAAUCGUUCUUCUUAUCGACAAUGAUGUUAUCACUUGCGACGAAGUUCCCGGCAGUGAACGGAAAAAGUUAGAUGGAGAGGGUAAUUCGGACGAUUAAAAUUGCGAAAACGUCGGUUUUGUUAUCGGACACUGGCACGACGGAAGAUGGAAUAAUCGGUAACGACGAGAUCUUUGACAACGAUAAUCGUCAGGCUGAGAGAGGACAUGGUUCACUGAGAAAAGCUGUUGUAGCAAUAUCUCCGAGAAAGAGAGACGAGAAAUACGAAGAUUUACAUAGAAAAGAUAUGAAAGUUUAUAAAAUAAAAAUACAGAGGAUGUAGUUAUAUUAAUGUGAACAUGUAUGUAUGUCUCUCGAAAGUCGGAUUUCGGCAACAAUUACUCGAUAGAGUAAACUAGGAACGAAAAUAAUUUCUGCAGAAUUCAAAUGUUAAUGCAGAAACAGAAUAACAAUAUAAUUCAAUCGGGCACACAAUCAAUUCUGAAUGGACUCCAAAAAUACGUCUUCUUUAAGGUACAAUAAUUAAGAUUUUUAUACUUUGUCAAAAAAAAAAUCGUAACACGAUGUAUAGAAUGUCUAGGAAUUUCAUACGUUCGACUGUCCAUUUGUGCCGUAUAAAGACCUGAUUUGAAAAAUAGAGCUUGGACGCUCGAUAGAGAGCACCUCAUUGUAAAUUUCCAACAAUUGUUCGAAUGAUGUUUAUACUACGACGACAAUAAGUCACACUUUGCAAAUACACAUCGUACUGCGACGGGCACACAUUGUACUGACAGAAAGUUUUUCAAAAGGGACGUAACAUUAUUGAUUUUGCCAUGUUACAAAAAUCUUUAUAUUGUACGCAUUAUGUGAUAAAAGUGCAGAUAAUUUGUAAUUAUUACAGCAGCAAUAAACCAUUACGAUGUCAAGUGGAA